UAUGACAUCAAGUAUCGCAAGGCUGACCUGCACGGCAACGCCGAUGCCCUGUCCAGGUUGCCUCUUCCUAUCACCAGGCCUGAGCCGCGGGCAGCAGAAAUCUUUUACUUCAGUCACUGUGGAAUAGUUCGAAUGAAGGAGAUAGCAAGGAGUUACUUCUGGUGGCCAGGAGUGGACAGAGAGAUAGAGACUACCGCCAAAACCUGUUCCUCAUGCCAAGAAGUUAGGAAGGCACCCCAACUAGCUCCUCUACAUCCCUGGGAGUUUCCCGAAGAACCAUGGCAACGGGUGCACAUUGAUUUUGCAGGACCUGUAGAGGGUUGUAUGCUCCUUGUGUGUGUGGACGCCCACAGUAAGUGGCCGGAAGUGGCCAUAAUGAAAACCACUACCACUGCAAAGACUAUUGAGAGGCUGGGGGAGAUUUUCAGCCGGUUCGGUUCUCCUCUUCAGUUGGUCUCAGAUAACGGGCCACAACUGGUGUCACAAGAAAUGACUACCUUCCUUGAAGCAAAUGGCGUACAACACAUUCGAUCUGCACCAUUUCACCCUGCGACCAACGGUCUUGCUUAAAGGUUUGUGCAGACCAUGAAGAAAGCUUUGAAAACAUCUCAAGAGCAGGGAUCAUUUCACCAGAGAUUGCAUAGAUUCCUGUUGAGCUAUAGGAAUACUCCCCAUGCCACUACUAAAGUUUCCCCCGCUUGUCUUAUGUUCAAAAGAAACCUUCGAACAAACUUUGACUUUCUGAAGCCAACAACGUUGAAGGAUAUUGUUCAGCAUCAACAAGAGAAACAGAUUAAACAAAGAAUGCAGAAGGCUAAAGAAAGAGUCUUCUCUUCGGAUGAGCCAGUGUUAGCAAGGAACUACAGUACUGGCCCCCGAUGGGUCCCUGCAACCAUAGUCAAGCGAUCUGGUCCUGUCUCUUACACCGUUAGUACUGCUGCUGGACUGGUAUGGAAAAGACACGUCGAUCAACUUCUUCAAGCAACAGCAUCGACCCCCAACCAGCCGUCGGUGGAUACUCCGAACGAGUCCGAGUUCAGCGCACCCCAUCUCUUGCUGCCACCACCCCAAAGAACAAUGGAAUAUACUGGUGAGACUUCUGCUUCCGACUCUUCACUACGAGAUCCUGUGAUGGAUGUUCCAACACGCACGGCUGUUCCAGAGUCACCCAGCGGAGACCGUAAGACUGAACAUUCUGUUGAGCCCCGUUAUCCGGUAAGAGAACGUCGUCCUCCAGAACGCCUGAACUUAUAGACUCUAUGUUUAGAGACCAACCCAAACCAACUGGGGCAGAAUAAUCCCCAUGGGUGUGGUCACGGGGUGAGGCCGUUUAACCUCACCUCAGAGUUAUGUUGGGUAACUGUUA